GCGGCCGUGCGCUGACAGACGUGCCCGGAGCGCCGCAGCCGCCAGCAACCGAGACGCGCCGCGCCGCCGGGCCGCGCCCGCCCGCCCCCCGCCAUGGUGGCAUGGAUCAUCUCCAGGCUGGUGGUGCUAAUAUUUGGCACCCUUUACCCUGCAUAUUCUUCCUACAAGGCUGUGAAAUCGAAGGACAUUAAAGAAUAUGUCAAAUGGAUGAUGUACUGGAUUAUAUUUGCACUUUUCACCACAGCAGAGACUUUCACCGACAUCUUCCUUUGUUGGUUUCCGUUCUAUUAUGAACUGAAAAUAGCAUUUGUAGCCUGGCUGCUGUCUCCCUACACAAAAGGCUCCAGCCUCCUCUAUAGGAAGUUUGUACAUCCCACGCUGUCUUCAAAAGAAAAGGAAAUCGAUGAUUGCCUGGUCCAGGCAAAAGACCGAAGUUAUGACGCCCUUGUGCACUUUGGGAAGCGAGGCUUGAACGUGGCGGCCACGGCGGCAGUGAUGGCUGCUUCCAAGGUGGUUGGAUUCUUUCCUUUUGUCUCCUCUUUGGACCUCAGAGAAGGGCAGGGACAGGGUGCCUUGUCAGAGAGACUCCGGAGCUUCAGUAUGCAGGACCUCUCCACCAUCAGGGGAGACGGCGCCCCUGCUCCCGCAGGCCCCCCACCACCGGGGCCCGGGCGGGCCAGCGGCAAGCAUGGCCAGCCUAAGAUGUCCAGGAGUGCUUCUGAGAGCGCUGGCAGCUCAGUGUGUACCUGCUGCUUCUCCUGCAGGACCCGGAAAGUGGUUGAGGGGGAUGUGAAUGAGGGUGGUGUGAAGGCGUGGGAGCCUCACCAGGUCCAAAACCCAUUGGCGUUUUCCGAUGAGGAGGAGGAAGACCUGCUGGAUUUCAUAUACAAGUAUAAAGCACCUCGAAGGACGGAGUUCCCCGUGGAGGCACCGCCUAGAAUCCUUCGAUCUCGCUUCAGGAAGAAAAGUACCUCAUCCUCGGCCACUGAAACCACGUGAGUGAGAUGAGCCAACAGCGCUGGAUCCACAGAAUGUUUCUUCUCUGCCUUAAAGAGCUAUUUAUUCACUAAUAACAUAGAAACCCGCAAGCUGGUGUACUGAGCGUGCAGCCUCGGACGUGGCCUUUCCUCUCUCCCCUGUUCCACUUUUAAGAGUUUCUCUUCCCCCCUCCUUUUCUUUCUUUUGCUGGGGAGAGGCUAAAGGGAAAGGUAGUGCGCCGGGGGUCAGCAGUUUUCCACAACUGGACCGGCGUACAGACAGCAGUGUUUUAGAAAUAGAAGAGAAUCACCCCCACUGCUGGGAUGCACAUUUGUAAUUUCUUGGUUGCAUACUUCGUUUUUAGUCCUGUAUAUGCAAACAAAGCAAUUUUCUUUUUAACUUUUUUUUGUUCUUGCUACUAGUACUUUGGACUACGGUGUACAUAUUUACGGCUUUUGGCUUAAUGUAGUGGACUUGUAAGGUUCUGAUGUGUAAGAAAACUGCAAAAGCAGAAGUGUAAAAAAUUAUUUUGAUUCUAGAGAAUGUCUCAGAUGUGCUUAUGAAGCUUCCAAAUACAACUCGAGUACAACAUCCCUUUUCCUGCAGGGCGAUGGUCCAUAUUCUUCAGACAGUUAGUCAACAGACCAGAGAAGUUUAGAAUGAAGAGAGGCAACAUUUUAGUGACAGGUGUGAGUGUAACGAAGUCAGGGGAACAGCCUAGAAUAAGAGAAAAGUCACAGGAAGCUUGUCUCCCCCAUGGAUCCAGGAUUAGGAGCUUCUGAAUCCUGACAGGGGAUUUAUCAUUGUCUUAGGCAGGAGCCUCGCCCUUGGUAAAACUUCUCUUGGGCAUGUAGACUUACAGAGCUGUUGUAAGGAAUCAUUUUGAGUGGUUCAAAAGUGCUUGACGAUGACUGCGUCUCCAUAAUAGUACCCAGUGCUGUGACUGAUUUCCCCAGGUAGAGGAGCCUACAAUGGGAGCGCCUUGUUUUAGGAAACACUAAGCGAAAACCAACCCAUCCACCCAAACAAAAGCAACCCUAGAAUCAUGCUUUGCUUCAGAUACGCGGUGAAGUACACCUGAGACACCUGGGUAACAAUCCAAACGCUGGGUUCUAGAAAGGUUUCAGAGGUUGAGAUCUUCAUGGAUGUGACUUGCUCCUCAGCUCAGGGGCAGCUCUGGCUCAUGCCCUCUGUUCCCUUCCUGGCCUGUGCAGAAUGUGAACGAGAGAGAUGUCGCAUGCUCACGGGCACUCAUACUUCAUACAAGCCCGCAUCGCUUAGGAAGAGAACAAAUCACUGUCUGAGGGGACUCCCUGCUUAGAUUGAGAAUUUUAUCUGAAAAGAAGAAUCUGGUUUAAAUAGCAUUUUGGUCUGAGGCAGCUGCUCUCCCCUGGUAGAGCUGAGCCUAAAUGUAGGACUCAUAUACUUACGCUUAGAGUUGGUGUUUCCUUUCAGUGUGAUGCAUGCAGUGGUCACAACGCAGUUACUUAUAAUACUUGGAUUGUGUUUGUUCAUAGAUAGGCCCUGAACACUAGAGAGUGUUAUGUACCGCAUAGAACCUACUGUCAAUCAGCUAUAAACAGGCCCAGUUAAAGACUGAGCUACGCAAACAUACAUCAGUCUCUGCUGGUGACACAUUGGUUGGAUCUUAGCCACCACGGAGAGGGUUUUACUUGAAGUUGAUUGUUACCAGAUGUGCAUAUUUAUAUCCCUUUUCCCCACAGUGCCUCUGAAGGUGACUUUGUAAUUUACAAAAGGAUUUAGGAAAAUAAACCUAAAAGCAAAUUUGUGGUUCAGAGGGCAAACAGAGGCUGUCUGUUCAUUGUCUGUGCCCCAUACCCACCAAUACCUAAACCCCUUAGGGAAGACAGAAAACCUGUUUUCUUCAAGCUCACUGAAUAGUUUCAGACAGAGGAAAAAUAUAUGCUUUAAAAUGUAUUUACCUGUCAUUGGGAGUACCCAGAAUUAUCAGAAACAAAAGCAAAAAAAGCUUAACUUAUUAAGCAGCUUUUUAGCAAUUUUUUUUUUUUGCCAAAAUAAUAAAUGCCUUUAGCAGCAGAGAUUAAAAUCCUAUUGUGAACAAACUAUAUUUUCACCAUUUUACAAGGGAGAGUUUUAACAAGUAUGGGCUUUGAAGUUUGCACUCAACUAUGCCAAAAACAAGUUUGAAGCACUCUACUCUCAGACAUGCUGUAUUAUUUCUCAUUUAAGAUUUAAAAAAUAUAAAGGUAUCCAAACUGCUGUCUUAAUGUAACUAUUUUUCCUUCAAGUGUUGGUUAGGGAGUUGGAUUCUCUCUUAAAAACACUCACUGUACAACUGAGAGCAGCUGUCAUAUUUCUGGCAAAACAUGUUUACUUAUCCAACAAGCUGUAUAUUUGUGUGGACUGACGUAAAAUGUGAAUGCCUCAAAGUGUACACGUAGUGAUGUGGAGUUCUGUCUAGAGGAUAAAACUGAAUGUUUUUCAUUGGCUGAUUUACAGACGCAGGCUGUUUACAAAAUGCUAGCUGGAAAGUCUGUACUUUUCAUGUAGUAAUUUUCGGUUCUUUGCUAUUGAGCACCUGUUCUGUUUCUGAGAAGAUGAGACGUGGUAUUGUAUUUAUAAACUGGAGAGUUAGGCAUAAUCCCUCCUGGCUUUGUGUGAAUAGCUUGCUCACUUCGCUGGCCUCUGAAAUGUGUGUUCUCUGUAGUAUACUGUCCAUGUGUCUGUGAUAAUAGUGCUUGUCAACCACGACCACCACCGAGUACCUUCCUAGUUGUUCACCUUGCACAGUAUUGGAAAUGGUAAAGGAUGUGUGCUUCAUUCACAAACGGCACACACUCAGAGAGCUGGCAUUCUGGACUGUGACCGUGUACACUUGCCCUUAGUUUAUUGCUGUAAUCCCCAUAGAACGAUCUGUAAUCAAAUAGUAUACUGAACUGUGCAUCAAAGGGAUGUAAAAUUACAGUAUUCCAAAGGUUGAAGUUCUGCUGUUUUGUUAUAAUGCCUGAUAUAUAUCUUGAAUAAAGUCUUAACAUUUUUCUUUUAAAAGA